CCGUUACCACACUUAUAAUACUUAUUCGUAUAAGUAUCGCUUCUGCCACAUUAUCUGUAACUUGGACAUAUAUUGAAGUCUAAAAAGGAAGGAGGAUGACUUUACUAUUCAGCAAAAAAAAUAAAUCAGCCGCAGCCGACAAGCUUGUACAGAAAAAGAUAACUUUGAUAGAAAAAGAUACAUUAACAAAACAUAAGCGAAAACCUUCAGUAGAACGGCGAUCCACAGCAAAUACGACUUCAACACUUAUUGCCAAUAAUCAGGACAGUCAAUUAAAUGGUAUAGGUCCUUAUGAAUUCCUGAGGCCGUUAGGCAAUGGAAAGUUUAGUAGAGUGUUAUUAGCACAUCAUUUAGAAACGAAGCAACAAGUGGCUAUCAAGAUUAUAGACAAACAGGCUCACGAUUACAGAGUCAUGUCGAGAUUGGUACGAGAGAUCACCAUUAUGGAGUUAAUUCAGCAUGACUCUAUAGUGAAAUUGUAUGAAACGUUCGAAAGUUGCGAUUCACUUUACUUGGUUAUGGAAUAUGUUCCUGGAUUUAAUUUAGACGAAUAUCUCCAGAAAAAGAAGGAUGGCGCUUUAGAUGAACAUGAAGCCCGACAUUUAUUUCGGCAAUUAGUUACUGCAGUUGAUUAUUGCCACAGAAAUUGGGUUGUUCACAGAGAUUUGAAGACUCCAAAUAUUUUAAUCACACCAGAUGGUUCAGUUAAAUUGGCUGAUUUUGGCUUAGGUAAUCGAUAUGGCUUGCAGCGAUUGCGGACGAUAUGUGGCUCAAUGUUAUAUUACAGUCCUGAAAUCAUCACGGGCCAGAAAUAUUAUGGCCCUGAAGUCGACUGUUGGUGUCUUGGAAUCACAUUGUUUCGUAUGACAGCAGGGUUUGAACCAUUCGCUCAUGCUCAUACUGUGGGAGAGUUGAAAAGCGAUGUAUGCAAAGGCAACUUCCCGAUGCCAAGCACAUUAAGUCCAGAGCUACAAACAACCAUUCGGAAAUGUCUUCAAGUAGAUAAACGGAAAAGGAUGACAGUACGCCAAGCUUUGAAAGACGAUCCAUGGUUAACGAACUUUGGAGAGCUUCCAUGUCCUAUAUCAAAUGCCCCCAAAACAUUGUUUGAAGAAGCCAUGGUGGCUGCUGAUAAUUAUGAAAAAGCAGGAAAUCGAGAUGAAAGGACGCGUAGACAGUUUUUGCGGGAUGAGCAAGACUCAAAUACCAAUAUGCAUAAGGUGAAAAAAACCAUUAUAUAUCACCCUCUCAAUCCUUCUAUUUAUUACACUUCAAAGACAGAGCCGUGCCAAAUGAUGAACAUGACCAAAAAUGCAGCAGGGCAAAUGGAAAGCGUAGAGUCACUUAGAUCCGAAUUGUUGCAGUCUGUAAGAUCGCGUGCUCGACGUUUAGGCAUCAAACCUGCAGACCGCUGGGAGCUUCGGUCAUCUGGUCUCAAAUUAUUUUUAUCAGCACUCAACCCUCAGCAAAUAAAGAAAGACAAUAACAAUAAUAGUAGAUCUAUUUCUGAAGUUGUUCAUCGUAUCGCCAAAGACCAGGUUUAUCAUUUUCACUUCUCCAAUAUACAGCUAAAAAAUUAUUCCCAAGGUUCUCGUCCGCCUUCCCUCUCUUCUUCUAUCAGCACUUCAUCUAUCUCCAGCAGUAUCAUUGAUGACUCUGCUUUGGCCACUACCACCAUCUUUAAUGCAGACUCCAAUAAGAAACACCUCCGUGAAGUGAUGGCUUUGUUAAAACAGACAUGUCAGUUGAUGGGAAUUACUUAUAUGCAUGAUACAUCUACUACACUUCAAUGUGUGUUGACUUUGAGAAGUGCGUCUAAAAAGUCCAACAGUACUUCAUCCGCUACCACAUUGAACGCGCCCUCCACACCGACCUCACCCUCUUCACCCGCAUGCCCAAUCGCUAAUACCAACAACACUCAGCAGCAAACUACAUCAUCAACAUCCAGACAAAGCCGUAAACAAAGUCAGACAAGCAGCCUUGGAACAAACAUUGGAGGGUUACUAACAGAUGAUCCCACUUCGAGAUCUUACAAGCGACUUUCAUUACCGCUAUUAUCACACUUAACGUCCUCAAUGACAACGUCUUUUUUUGGUCGUAGCAAACCACGACAUUCAAUGGAAGAAACAGUUAUUUCACCUUUUGACCUUCAGCAUCAUCAUCAACAGAGUCAGAAAAGAAAGCAGAAAGAAGGUAUGGCUUUGUUCACUAUUACGAUCGAAGCUAACUAUAAAAAAAGAUUGGAUAAAAUCAGUUUGAGAUUCUCUAAGCAGCAAGGUUCAACAACAGUUUUCAAAAUUGCUAGUGGCUGGGUAACUGGUGUUAUGGUAUUAGACGGUAAAUUCAGUGGUUAUAGUAAGUAGUCAUGAUAUAACAGUUCAUGAUUCUUCACAUUGUAUUAUUGUAAUUUCUUUUAAGCAUGAUGUAAACGUAGCAUAUCAAAUCAUUCAUUAUUAUAGUCUCAUUUUUCCUUCCUAUGCAAUGAAUAUGUAUUAUAAAGCUAGUGAUAGCAUUUUAUG